UAUGAACGUGGACAGAAGAACAAUGUGAAAGACCUCACACUGAUCAGCGCCAGAGAGAUCAGAGAGAGAGAACCUUACUGCAGGGGGAUCAUGGCCCUGGACUCACCCCACACAGGGAUCGUGGACUGGCGUGUGGCUUGUUUAUCGUACGCUGCAGAUUUCCAGCAGGCUGGAGGCUCCAUCAGAACCACAUUCACCGUCUCAGACAUCCAACCUGCAGCACAGAGUCCAGCUCAGAGCUCUGAGGGUCUGAAAUAUCCGAUCAUCAUCAGGAGCUCGGAGGGAGAGGAGGUGCGUUGUCGGUUCGUGUUGACGUGUGCUGGUCUUUACUCUGAUCGUCUCUCGGAGAUCUCCGGCUGCAGCGCCGAGCCACGCAUCGUCCCCUUCAGAGGAGAUUACCUCGUGCUCAAACCUGAGAAAAACUACCUCGUCAAGGGCAACAUCUACCCUGUUCCAGAUCCUCGGUUCCCAUUCCUCGGUGUUCACUUCACCCCCCGAAUGGACGGCAGCGUGUCGCUUGGACCAAAUGCCGUACUGGCGUUUAAACGUGAGGGAUACACACUUACUGACUUCAACACCCACGACUUCACCGACGCACUCGCCUUCAGGGGUCUGCAGAAGUUGGUGAUGAAGAACUUGAGGUUUGGUGUCGGUGAGAUGUACAGAGGGAUGUUUAUCAGUGCGCAGGUGAAACUCCUGCAGAAGUACAUCCCUGAUCUUCAACCAAGUGAUGUGGUCAGGGGUCCUUCAGGAGUGCGUGCUCAGGCUCUGGAUCGUGACGGUAACCUGGUGGACGACUUUGUGUUUGAUGGCGGUGUGGGAGAGCUCGGUAGCCGAGUGUUACACGUACGAAACGCACCGUCACCUGCAGUGACCUCCUCCCUCGCCAUCGCCAUGGCAAUCGCUGAUGAACUGGAGGCCCGGUUUGUUCUGUAGACACACCCACAGCUGUGAUGUCAUUAAAAGGCACCAUCAGAGAAGCGCGCGCAUGUGUGUGUGUGUGUGUGUGUGUGUGUAAAAUACUAGUCAAGUGCUUCACCUACUUCAGAUCUGAUGUCAUUGCUCCACCCCCGGUGACAUCAUAGACAUUGUUCUAUUGGCUGAUCUCACUCUCAUGACCCUGCUAAGACCUCGUUACUGAUCGGAGUGUCGUUAUCACUGCGCUGUGAUGGUUCUGUGCACACAGUGGGAUUAAACUAUUCUCAUUUUAUAAGUCAGAUGAAAUUAUUUAUCAGAUGAGCGAUCCAUCAUGUUGUACGUCAGGGAUUUUUUUUAUGUCCUGUGUGUGAGUGAGCUGAGAGUGAACUGGAAUGUAGGUGCUGUUUUAAUGAUGCUGAUAACAUUUUAUAGUUUUGAGAGGUUUGGGGAAAUGAUUGUACCGACUGUACUGAUGAAUAAAUUAAUAUUUUUAUUCUUUUAGAAA